AUCAUAAAAUGAGACAAAUGCGCUUCGGAAGAUUCAAAUUACAUACUUUUUGUCAUUUUAUUCAAGAAAUGUACAAAUUUGAUUCACUUCAUCUCUCUCUCUCUCUUUCUCGAAUUACCAUUUUUGAAAUUUUGACAUUCAAAUUACAAACCAUUUUUAUAGCAUAUUUACUACAUACAUACACACAUAUACACACACACAUACAUACACAUGCAUACACACACAUACACAUACACACACACACACACACACACACACACACACACACAUACACAUGUCAUACAAAAUGUAUUUAUUAUAAAAGGUCAUGAAUUUCUGACCCAUUAAUUUGAUAAUUAUAAUUUUUGGAAUCAAAAAAUUAAAUUUUUAUGCGAUAUUGCACGCAUUUGAAAAAUUUUGCAAUUGAAAUAUAUUUAAGGAAAUAAAAAUAGCUUGCAUUUUCAUCAGAAAGUGAUUUAACUAUAAUACUGAUAGUAAUAAUGAUGAUAGAGACGAUGGUGUUGCCGUUGACGAUGAUGAUGAUGAUGAUGAUGAUGAUGAUGAAGAUGAUGAUGAUCAUGAUCAAUCCUUCUUAUUUAAUUGAAGUGUCUUUUAAAAUUAUUGCCAACAUACGGUAAUCAUUAGUAGCAUAAUUUUCUUAAUGUGCAUA